AUGAGUAUUUCACGAUAUGAUCACACUGCAUCCAUCUUAACAAAUGGAAUGGUUUUAAUUAAUGGUGGAGCUUCGACAAGCGGUUCAGACUUUAGUAAUUCAGAACUGUAUGAUCCAUCCACAGGAGUAUGGACGAAUACUGGCAAUAUGAUUAUUUCGCGAAUCUUUCACACAACUUCCGUAGUAACAGAUGGAAAAGUGCUAGUUGUUGGUGGACAAUAUGGUUUCGAGGACUUAGCAAGUGCAGAGUUGUACGAUCCAUCAACAGGAACAUGGACAAAUGCUGGAAACAUGAGUGUGGAACGAUGGCUUCAUACUGCAUCCAUAUUAGCAAAUGGGAAAGUCUUAGUUACUGGUGGGGCAAAUAAAAACUCUAGUGUAACUUGUGAAUUAUAUGAUCCAUCAUCGAGGUUAUGGAUGAAUACUGGUAGCAUGAAUCACGGGCGGCUACAGCAUACUGCAUCUGUAUUAACAAAUGGAAAAGUGCUGGUUGCUGGUGGACAAAAUGGUUUGGAUUAUUUAGCGAGUGCAGAAUUAUACGAUUCAUCAGCAGGGUUAUGGACACAGGCCAGCAGUAUGAACGAUAUACGAAUUUGGCACACUGCAUCUGUAUUAAAAGAUGGAAAAGUGUUAGUUGCUGGUGGAGCGGGGCCCAGUAAUAUAUUGCAUAGUGCAGAAUUAUACGAUCCAUCAACAGAAUCAUGGACAAAAACUGGCAAUAUGAAUGAUGCACGAAGUUCUCACACUGCAUCUGUAUUAACAAAUGGAAAAGUGUUAGUUGUUGGUGGAUGGGGUAAUGUUCUCCUUUCUAGUGCAGAAUUAUACGAUCCAUCAACAGGAUUAUGGACAAAACUCAUAAGUUUAAAUACUGAACGUACGUCACACACUGCAUCUGUAUUAACAAAUGAAAAUGUUUUAGUAGUUGGUGGAAAGAACUCUUUUUCUGAUUUGAAUAGUGCAGAGCUCUAUAAUCCAUCAAUAGAACUUUGUACAGACGCUAACAACAGGAAUACUACACAAGUGAAGAAUACAGCAUUGAUACUAAACAAUGAUAAUGUCUCACCCUCUGGUAAUCGCAAUUAUUAUUUGGAUUUGAAUAAUACAGAAUUAUUUUCAUGA